ACCGUACGCGCCGAUCCGCACUCAGUUUCCGUCCGGUCGGAGUCCAUGCUGGACUCGAAGCGAGAAAUACUCCGAAUUCUUCCGCGGUGAAAGCAUAGAAUAAUUGAACAGAAACAGCACUUCAAGUGAAUUACUAUUACCGGUUUGGUAAGCUGUCUGUCUGCCCGCACUGUCGGAUAUUGACAGCUAUUGUAAUUUCUACGUGCGCUCUAAUCGCAGUAGACAGGGAAGAACGAACGCGUCGGCGAACGAAAGACGGCGUCAAGUGGAAAAGUUUUGUUGUUAGAGGAUAAGUAAGGAAGUUUGCACGUGUUUCUUGUUCUUCGGUGCCAGUAGAAGUGAGGAGCAAAAUGGGGGGAAAUGGAAAUGUGCUGGAACAUCAGCAAUCGACGCGGAAGAUGCUGACCAAUCAGGACAGCAACGAUUCGGUGCAGAUGGCGAAACUUUGGACCCUCUCGGAGAAAUGGGUGGCGGUGCUGUUCACAGUUGUCGCUUCACUUGGAUACGUGUCCGUCGGAACGAUGGUCGGCUGGAGCUGCAAUGCCUUUUCAGACGAUUAUAACCAGCAGCAGCAACGGUUUGGCGAAACGCUUUCCGAAAACCAACAGUCUUCCCUGAUGGCCACACCGGCUUUGGCGGCUGCUGUUAGUACCCUUCUGACAUACAAACUGUACUACAGGGUAGGCACGAAACUGUUUAUGCUGGCCGCAGCCACCCUCGCAAUCAUCGCCAACUUUCUACUGUGCUUCGGCACCAACUUUUGGUACUUCAGCGCGGGACGCGCCCUGUCCGGUGUUUCGGCCGGUAUCAUCUUCACGCUGGUUCCACCGUACGUGGACGAAUUUGGUUCCAAGCAGUACAAACCGCUGCUGGAUGGCAUCCUGUACGUGCAGUUCGCCCUCGGCAUCCUCAUUCAGCUGAUGUCAGAUCUCAUCCCGCUGACACAGCUGUCCAGCGUUAUCGGCGCGACUUUUCCCAUCUUUCUCUUCAUCGGGUUUCUCUUUCUGCCGGAAUCGGCCCGCUAUCUGUGUGCCGUCCAGCAGAUUAAUCGCGCCCGAACGGUCCUGAAGAAAACCCACGCCAGCGGCAAUUCCCUGACGGGGCCAGCGAUGGAGAACAGCCUAAACCAGUGGCAGCAGGACAGCUUCAUCGCCGUUGGACUGCGGGAAUCGUUGCUAAAAUUGCGUCACUGUCGGCUCGUGCUGCCAAUGUUUGUGCUGAUAAUCUUCCAACAAUUCACCGGCGGUUUAGCGAUGAUGUUCUAUCUGACGCGGAUUUUCACCCUGACCGAUGGACAGUUCACUCCCGAGUGGACCGCCGUCUACGUGGCAGUCAUCUUUACCCUCAGCUAUCCGGUUUAUCGCCUUUUGGGUGUUAAAUUAGGAGACUACAAAUUGCUGCUGUGGAGUUCGGCCCUCAUGUCCGUGAUGAUGAUUGGCCUCGGAUGGCACUGUCACCUGCAGGGCAUGCACGGUCACUCCGACGAGUAUGGCCAUCUGCCACUGGUUUACUUUGGAGCAUUCAUCUUCCUGUACGCCAUCGGUUUCCAGCGGGUGCCUUGGAAGUGGCUGGAUGAAAGUAUAGAGGAAAAAAUCGCCUUCCCCCUGCGAACCGUGGCCACUGCAGUCAGCUGGGUUACGCUGUACUUCGGUGUACGCCUUCUACCGACGCUGAUUGGCCUCAUCGGAGUUGGUUGGUUGUUCUGGAAUAUUGCCAUUGUGCUUCUGUUUGCGAUUCUGUUCGUGCUGGUUUCCCUGCCAAAUCUGGACUACGGUGUCAUUCGGCGUAAAACCCUAACCGAGUGCAGCAAUUCGUCAUCAUCGGCGAACCUGGAGACGACGAUGGAAGCGAUAGUUGUUCCGUCUGCCGUCCCAGCGGAGUGACUCCCCGCUACUUUUCGUCUGGACAAACGAUAGCCUAUAAAGACUGAUUGCGUAAAACUAUAAGACAGAAAGGGAGAGAGAGUUCCGAAAAACUUUUCUUCGUUUCAAGUUCGAGUUCGAGAAAUAGGACGAUUGUACAAAAGUGGAUAGAAUGCGACAGAACUAGAACGGAAGGGCAGAAAGGCUUUGAUUGGAUUAUGCCAGGAAAGUUUUAAAUUAAAUACUUAAUUUGGUUUUGCUGGAGGUCAUCGAAGUUUCCUCCCGGUCCUGAUGAUGAUAAUAAAAUAUUUAGUAGAUUACAGUAGUCGGUCCUACUGAGAGUUAGGUACAAUAUUAGUUACUUAUUAAACUUUAUCGUUACAAUUAUGAACCCAAUCGCUCUAUUAAUUGAUCCGAAAGGGAAUUCCAGUCUCAAUCGGUUGUUAUGUAAACAUUCACACAAGCAUGGCUGCUCAAGAGGGAAUAAAAGAGAAGCUUUUGCAAUCACCUCAUGUUUACCUCCUUAUUAAAGUAGGCCAUGUUAGCACCACCCACGGAUAGGAGGCAGUCCGGCUUUAGCAGAGCAUAUAUUUGCACUGCGAAUCAAAAGUACACACACACAGUUUGCAUUGAAAACAAGGAAUACGCCAUCGGCAGUGCAGCAGGCAAAAACAGAACACGCACUUCCUCCGCAAUCAGCCAACAGUCGUCCCCGGACAGAUGGGAAUACUUAAAGUUUGCUCCCCAAUCUAUUCGAAAUUAUCCAGGUGCACAUGGUCUCAGUUGAGAUUUUUUUUUUUUUUUCAGAAAAUUCAAAUCGGCAGCAAAAUAAUUUGCCAAAACGAAAUAGCCCUGAAACCACAUGUUAGAAAAUGAUUAGCGUCAAUAACAUCAAUACUUACUUUACUUUA